CAGCACCAUCGCUGCAUUUUGCUGGAAUAAUACAAAGUUGUUUUGCGCCUUUUCCGACCUAUAGGGAACCACUUGCAACGUCAAUGCAGAAGUAUAUUUUCACUUCAACUGUCACUGCAGUGCUGAGCGACUGAAAUCGUGUUCUUACUGUUGCAGCUGUAGAAAAAGUAACACAGAGAGAGGUUAACAGUGGAAGAGCGUGAGUGAGUGAGUGAGUGUGUGUAUGUGUGUGUGCUGUGUGUACAAGGCCCCGACUCCGGACUUCAGAGACCAUGGCCAACAUAGCGGUGCAAAGGAUAAAACGAGAAUUUAAAGAGGUGCUCAAGAGUGAAGAGACGAGUAAAAACCAGAUCAAGGUGGACUUGGUGGAUGAGAAUUUCACAGAACUGAAAGGAGAAAUAGCAGGGCCUCCAGACACACCUUAUGAAGGUGGUAGAUAUCAGUUAGAGAUCAAGAUUCCAGAGACAUAUCCUUUCAAUCCACCAAAGGUACGAUUUAUCACAAAGAUCUGGCAUCCUAACAUCAGUUCUGUCACUGGGGCCAUAUGUCUGGAUAUCCUGAAAGACCAGUGGGCGGCGGCCAUGACACUCCGGACAGUCUUACUGUCACUGCAAGCCUUAUUGGCAGCUGCAGAACCAGAUGACCCACAAGAUGCAGUGGUGGCUAAUCAGUAUAAGCAGAAUCCAGAAAUGUUCAAACAGACAGCUCGACUCUGGUCUCACGUUUACGCUGGCGCGCCAGUCUCCAGUCCAGAGUACACACGUAAAAUAGAUAAACUCUGUGCCAUGGGCUUUGACAAAAACGCAGUAAUAGUGGCAUUGUCGUCGAAAUCCUGGGACGUGGAGACAGCAACAGAGCUGUUACUUAGCAACUGAUUCCAAUCGAAGGGCCAGACAUCAGGCUAUCACUAUACCUGCCCCCACCAGUCCCUCCCAUACCAAAUCCCCACCACAAAUCUCUCUCUCUCUGCGCCAUCAGGCCCAAAAUCCCUCAUCUUUAUCUUCAGACACACAUUAUCAUAUUAUCACCAUCUCCCACUCUCGCUACCUCUCCUCUGCCCACCUCUCUUCUCUCCUUUUUCUUAUCUCAUCUUGCCUUUGUUUCUCACCAGACCAAGUCCUUCCAUCCUUUUCCCGUCAUUUCUCCAAAAUAUCCCCUCCUAUCUGGGUUUUUUUUUUUUCCCCCUCUUUGUUUCUUAUGGGCUGGGUGUGCCUUUUAUCCCUCUUCAUGCCCCAUGACCUUUCAUCUGAGCAAUGCCCUGCCUGGAUACUCCAACCAUUCUGCUCCAUUUACUCUUCACCUUUCACCAACAUCAUCAUCAUCAUGUUCAUCACUUUAGACUGCUCAUGUGACUUUCACCAGGCCUAAAUCGCACUCAGUAUCCCAACAAACCACACCUCCCUUCCCGCCUCCUUUUUGCAGUCAUCACCCUCAUCAUCCCAUAGCUCUUUUAUUUGAAAUAGAUUUGGAAUCCAUUUUUAAAACAAGAAGUAAACACGGAAAAAAAAAACCAAACACACCACAUAUUUCACUGAUAGUGUAACCUGAUCAAAUCAAGGCUGGAAACAUGAAAAUAGAAUCACUCCCAGUGAACUACAUCUACCAAAAUGUCAAAAAAAAAAAAAAUCUCAUCUGUAAAUAAAGGUAUUAAAGUCUGUA